UGACGUGUGUUGUGGAAAGCGGAAGUGCACAGGAUUCAGGAAGCUUGGGUUGCAAUUUCUUUCACAACACCACUGUUUCUGCUAAACAAAUGUAGUUCGUGAAGCGCCCUGCUCUUGGUGACUUUAUAGCUUCCGUUUAGCGCUUUUCUAACAAAAUACAACAUUUAAACUAAGUUUUUCCCCCUAUCUUUAUGCUCAGUAAUGAUCUAUAGAUGUUAAUAUUCAAAAGUUAGGUACAUUUUUAAACAUUGGUACACACGUGUGCAUCAUGUAUCCUCAAUGCUGGUUAUUGUUUUCCUCCCGAAACUGAUUUUGUAGCGUUACGAGGACUUUUGCUGCUGAAACAUUCGAGACUCGGAGAUGCCUUCUUUUGCCUUUCUGGAUAACGUGGAGCUUUACAUCCAGACUGGAACGUAUCCCGCAAACUCAACUAAAAGCACCAAAUGUGUAAUCAGAACUGCCAGCAAAAAGUUCAUUCACAAAGAUGGCGCGCUGUGGCGGGUUCAGCGAGGUCGGCUCCUCCGCGUCGUCAGAAGUGACGAGGAGAUACGGGAGAUUCUGACUCGUCACCAUGACAACAACCACCACCCCGGACAGGGUCGGCUGGUGAAGGAGAUCGUGCUCCGGUAUUACUGGGUGGGGGUGACCGUCUCCGUGAAGAAGUGGGUUGAAGACUGCGCGGUUUGUCAAGGCAGAUCGCAGCUGCACCCCAACCAGCUGAGCGUCCAGUGCUGCCUGGUUUACGGCUGCGACGCCUCGAGUUACGCCCACCCCGAGCUGAGCUUCCACCGGUUUCCCAAAGAUGCGGAACUGCGGAGGAAGUGGCUGGCCCUGGCUCAGAGGGACGAGGCCUCGCUGCGUGCUCACUCCUGCGUGUGCUCCCGACACUUUGAGGCGUCUUGCUUUACUCUGACGCCGGCCGGCCGGCUGAUGCUUUCCUCGGAUGCCGUUCCGACCCUCCGUCCUGACGCGCAGAGAGAGGUACCUGUUCCAUCAGAUGAAGACUUCCAUCAGUCGAGCACGCUAGAGGAUGUACUUUGUUCUGCAGCCGCUGACGCCGCUGUCAGAAGUGCAGACGGCGUCGGCGAGAGCUCUGCAGGCAGGCAGGAGCACGAGUACUGCCUCGCUGCUCCUUCUCCAGACUUUAGAGCCGCCUCGAUCGAGAGGGAAGACCCAAGGAGCGCUGUGGUCGAGUCCAUCUUCAUCACAUACAACCACAUCGCCAGGUACCUGAGCACCAGAGUCCUGCCCAUGCAGAGCAAGCAAAGAAGAGCUGGCCUGAAGAGGAUGGCCAUGCGCUUUGGCCUGAUUGACGGAGUGCUGAUGUACACACGAGUCUCCCCGCCCCUCAAAGUGCCCCGUAGCAGAGAGGAGGUAAAUUCCAUCCUGCAGCAGUUUCAUGACAACCACGGCCACUACGGCGAGGGAAUCUGCCAGCGACAAAUCUCCAGGCACUUUUACUGGGCCACACUGACCCGCGACCUGAGGGGCUGGAUAUCCAGCUGCCACACCUGCCUGAACAGAACCAAGAGGAAGUGGCUGCGCUGCAGCGUCUACACUUGCUCCAACUGCUGCGGGCCGGUGGAGAGAGGCCUGGGCCUCACCUUCCACAAGUUUCCUUUUCACAACCCCGGUCUACUGGCUCAGUGGGUGAAGGUGGUGGGCCGCUCCGCCUGGCACCCUCGGCUCUGGUCGUCCGUCUGUUCCAUCCAUUUCACUGAAAGCUGCUUCGACCACAGCGGGGAGAAGCCGGUGCUUCGGCCGGACGCCGUGCCCUCGCUCUUGAUCAGCACCGACUCCUCGACCACCGGCCCAGCUCAGCUGCUGAUGGGGGAGGAGGCUUUUUUUGCCAAGUACGACGCCGUGGAGCUUUACCUCAGCAGCCGCAUUUAUCCUCCAGGACUGACGUAUGUGGAGAAGAACACCUUCAGAAGGUUCUGCAAAAAGUUCUCCAUUAAAGAUGGGAAGCUGUAUGUGGUGAGCGGUGAACACCUGUGCCUGGUCUUGAGGAGCAGGCUGCAGGUUCAGGCUGCUCUGCUGGACUACCACAACGAACUCAACCACCUGGACAUCAACAAGUGUCUGCGGCUGCUGAACGAGAGGUUCUUCUGGAAAUCCAUGAGGCUGGACGUGGUUCAGUGGAUCAACAGCUGCGCUCUGUGCAGCAGGAAGAGCAGGAAGCGACCACAUGCCCGAUCAGUUGAGCCUCAGACACUGCAGCAGGCACUGAGGUCUCCACAGCUUUUCUCUGAAAGUGAGAGGGAUUGUCACACUGAUGAUGGUGAUGAUGAUGACGAGGAGGAGGAUGGAGGCAGGGACAGUGAUGGUACCAUGGAGAACCAGUGGACAGCUGAUUGUUCAAACACAAUGACAGUCAUCAAAGCUCCGCCUCCAGGUCACCUGACUGGCUCUCAGGGGUCCAUCAUCCUCCAGCCCAGGACUGCCAGCAGCCUCCAUGUCUCCAGGCUGUCUUCUGACAAUCGAGCUGCCCCUGCCAGGUCUGAAGCAUCAGGCAGAUCUCAGAGUCAGCCCAGCAUCCACAGUGAGGGGGAGGUCCAGCCAGAGGAGGCCGUGCCCCCAGAAGUCUUUGUAGAAAUCUGCAGCUCUCUGGAGAGCACUAGAACACCUCCAUGCGUCGGCCCAGAGGGUGGAACCAAACAUCCGACUCCUGAGGAGCGGCAGAGCGGCAGAGACAGGAGCUUGAAGAGGAGGAGGAGGGAUGAGGAGGGCGCACCAUCAGCUCCCGGGAGCUCCACCUACGGUCUGGAUCCUGUGGUGGUCCAGAGCGCCAAACCCUGGCCUGUCUUCACGAUCGGCAGCUCUUUCCCGGCACAGACGGAGCAGCACCUCUCUGAAGCAGACAGCCCUCCUGUGGCACGCAGGCUGAAGAGAGCACAGGCGAGGAUGGUCGUCCAGCAGUGCAGCCAUGCCAAGGUGAUGGUCAGGCCGGCGCUGGAUGGAGCGGACGCUCAGUGGGUGGAGAUCCAGCAGGGAAUGGUGGUUUAUGUGUGCUUCUUCCAUGGAGCCUCUGAGGAGAUCAUCUGUCAGAUGGCUCGCCGUCUGAUGUCCAUCAGGAUUUUCAGGCGAGACCGCAGACAGCUCGUCUCCCUGCUGGAGCUUCCAGGCAGCGUUUUGUUGGUUCACCAGGAGUCCCUGCUGGGGGAGCUUCUGCCCCGCGGGAGGAUGCAGUUCAAAGGGGGGUGUGAGCUGUGGUGGGGCGCCCAGCUCUUCUCAAACCUGGCCACCGCCUGCACGGAGCUGAUGGCGGGCUCAGCCAAAUGCAGGGCGGCGGGCGUGAAGGUGGAGCAGGGAGUUUACGGGGAGAAGCAGGAGAUGGUGCUGAGCUCUGUGGAGCCCACCACACUGAUGCUGGAGUUCUGAGCCCCCCAUCGCUUUAGACGCUUCAGUCCAGAUCCACGUUUCCAGGGAGGAGAAGUGAAGGCUUAGUUAUCUCUGAAACGCUUCAGGAGAGAGUGACACAUGGACCCGUCUGACCCCGGUUUGGUUUCACUUUUGUUCUUAUCAGUUUUCACAUCUUUAAAAAAAUAAAUCUUCAGUUUAGAGCUGAUUUAAACAAUUAUGUGAAAAAAAAUCUGUUGCCACUAAAAGAAAAACUUAGAGACAGUUUAAACUUUUUCAAAUAAACUAUGUUCUUGUAUUAA